AUGCCUCCGAAGUUCGAUCCAGAAGCGAUCCACUUCGAUUCUCUUUCAAAUUUUCAGCUGGUUCCUUUCCUUACUCCUUACGUCCGCCCCGCCCCCCCUAACCCCACCCCCCCCUUUCCAGUAUCAGUGCGCUGCAGAGGCAACCGUAUUCCUCCUACGAACAUCUUGGCCAGCAAAAUCGGGCCCUUGCAGCUGAACCCGAAGAAGGUGUGCGAGCAGAUCUGCGAAGCCACCCGCGACUGGGCAGGGCAGAAGAUCACGGUCCGGAUCACGGCGCAGAACCGGCAGUGCAGGACGGAGGUGGUGCCCUCUGCCGCCGCCUACAUCAUCCGGGCGCUCAAGCAGCCGGGCAGGGAGAAGAUCGAGGGUCACCGUGGGAAUUUAGCCUUCCACGAGGUCAUUGAAAUCGCCCGGCAGAUGGCACCUCGCUCAAUGGCCAAGACGCUCGCUGGCACUGUCAAGAUGGUGCUCGGGACGGCACAGAGCAUCGGGUGCCUAGUGGAGGGAGAGCACCCCCACAGUGCCAUCGACAAAGUGAACGCCGGCACCCUCUUCGUUCCACUUGAAUAGAAAACGGGCAUCGGGUCCCUACGCCACGUGAAGCCCUUGAAUUGAAGCUGUAACUAAACAAGAUCUGAAUACGCGUUGGUUUUAAGAUGAAUUUGAUUUUCUGUUCAGUUUGGUGCUUGUGGUGAGUCCAACGCUGGCGAGGGGGUAUGCUGAUCCCCCCCCCCCCUUUUUAUAUGCAGGGAUUGAUUAAGAUUUAUUUUUUAGGGGGAGUAUCAGUGAUUAAUAAAAAGCAAGAGGAUUUUUUUCGUUUUAUGGCCUAUAGCUUAUAAAAGGUGUGGAUUAAUUUUAUAUUUUACAUUUCUUUUUCUUUGUGCAUCAUCAGUGACUAAGAAAAUGUCACAAUGGCUAAGUAUGCUUUUUUUUAUCA